GCCAUCUCCCUGUCUCCUGUCUAUGGCUACCGCGGACGCUCUGGCACGGCGGUCUAGCUAGCGGCUAAUUCAUUUAGCUAAUCUCCAUUAUUUAUUAAAACUCACACGAGGAUCAUUUGAGCGGCGCUCGGAAAAGGGCGAGGACACGCAGAUAUACUGAGCUGGCUCUACUGUGACAGAAGUGAUCUUAUAUUCCGAGUGAGUAGUUUUCCUCCAAGUCGCCUCAGCAAUGUCGUUUAUAUUCGACUGGAUCUACAAAGGCUUCAGCGGUGUGCUGCAGUUUCUCGGUCUGUAUAAAAAAUCCGGGAAGCUUGUGUUCCUGGGCUUGGACAAUGCCGGAAAGACGACUUUACUCCACAUGCUGAAAGAUGACAGGCUGGGACAACAUGUGCCUACACUACAUCCUACCUCAGAAGAGCUGACGAUUGCUGGAAUGACUUUCACCACAUUCGAUCUUGGUGGUCAUUUACAAGCCAGGAGAGUGUGGAAGAACUACCUCCCAGCUGUGAACGGAAUCGUCUUUCUGGUCGAUUGUGCAGAUCAUCCACGUCUUUCUGAGUCCAAGGUUGAGCUCGAUGCGCUGCUGUCAGACGAGACCAUAUCGAACGUGCCAGUCUUGGUGUUGGGGAAUAAAAUCGAUCGAACAGAAGCAGUGAGUGAAGGCAUGCUACGGGAGCUCUUUGCUCUGAAUGGACAGACCACUGGGAAGGGAAUCGUGUCUUUGAAGGAGCUGAAUGCACGGCCAUUAGAAGUCUUCAUGUGCAGUGUGCUAAAGAAACAGGGCUACGGAGAAGGGUUCCGGUGGCUGUCGCAGUACAUUGAUUGAGUUAACGGAGGUUUCUGCUUAAAAAGACUCCUACCUCUGAGUGAUGAACUUUAAAAAGAGAGAGACUGAGACUGUGAUAAAGGACUAAGGAAGAACAUGGUGUAUUAGCCUGAGAAAUAGUUUUUAAAAACUAACACACACACACACACACAGCAUUCCUUUCACCUGGAACAUUCCACCCAAAUUAUCAUUUUAAGUUAUGUUGUCUGAAGACAUUUACAGUAUUAAAGUAUUUAACACCGCAUUUUGGGUCUGAUAGCUAUUCAUGUCACAUACGCGCACAUACACACACCCCCUCACAAACAGAAGUAGGUUGUAUAUAAGCAUAAUGAUGGCACUGCUAUUACAUAUUUCACAGAUGAUUCCCUCUGAAUUAUUAAAAUGAUGAAAUACAAAUUAGUGUCUCGAGUACACCCAGUGGUUCUGUAGUUAAUAAGUACCAUUAAUACAUGAACAUGUUUUGUCUUAAAACAUUAACAUUUCUGCUCCACACGAACAGUCUGUGUGAAAUGGAAGCUUUAUCCAUUUCCAAUGAGCUUUUCCAUCACAAGCACUUGCGUAUUUUCCAUCCUGCAUAUUGCCCUUUAGACGUGACUCACACAAUAACCUGUAAUGUGUGAGUUAAACACAAUGAUGUGACCAGCUUCUCAAAUAUCCUGUUAAUCAGUACAUGUUUAUCUUUCUCUUAGAUCUUAUAAAAUCAUAUAUUCAGGAAUAUACUGUCAUAUUGUAGGUGUUCAUGUUUUGUUGUAACAGAUGAGCGUAAACAGGUUCUUCACAGGCUGCAGGUAUUUUAUGAAUAUCUGUUGAUAGGAGAGUAUAUGCAGUGGUGAAUAGCAUAUGAAUAUGAUUGUCAUCUCUCAUUUUAUUUUGCACACAAUUAUUGUACGUGGCAAUCUGUACGUCUUUACAGUUGAUAACCUUGAACUGCAUUCACCGGUAUUUAAAAUAAUUCAUUGUGUAAAAAAAAAAUCCAUCUAUAAAUAUUUUGAACAAUC